AUGAAUAUAUUAUUUAUAUUUUUGUUUACCACCUUCGUUGCCGCGGCAUCACCGGAUGAGGAUUCUCAUUCUGGCGGUAUCCAUCUAAAUAUCGAGUAUCCUGAGGACAAAAGUAGUGGUCAUCUGGACGUGGCAACAGGUACUUUUUUCUGUCUAUUGUUGUCAUUGUACACAGGUGGUAACGCUGAACCUUCCGAUAUCAAGACUCCCGUGGUCAUAAUCGCGCCUAAGCCACUACUCGAUUAUGAGCGGUUGUACAAGAAGAUGAUGCACAGUCCUCCACGUACCAAUGGUCAUGAGGGUGUAGAGAAAGAUGUGAUUUACAAUAAGAAGGCUGCUUAUUCCGACCCUGUGUCACGUCGCCAACUUUUGUUUGAGCUUCUAAAGGAAGCUGAGGCCGAUUUGGCAUUUUAUCGUGCCGACCAUAGCGAGAUGGAACUGGUUAGCUUAGGUUGA